AUGGUGGAGCCGACCUCAGAUUUCUCGUUUAUUUCGAGAAAAGAUUCGGGGAAUCUAGACAAAAGCUUCAGUGCAUCCGAAUCCUCAACUGAUAACACGGUCAUUGAUCGACGCUACACUGAUCUAAAGUAUCGGGACAAAGACGCAAACAGUGCUGCGUCAGAUGACUUUGCUUUCGCCGAGUAUGUUUAUUUACCUCAUUUUGUUUUGGACAAGGGUGAUCGAGCUUUUGUACUUUUAUGGUUUCGCAAAAGUGAUGACAACAAUAAUGGGAUGAUCUGACUUAAAAAUAGGUUUGAUUAAUGGUAUCUUAAUAUUAAAAAAGAUUUUUUAAAGCUGUUAAUGACGGUUUUAGUUUUUCAAGGGCACGGUGAGACAGCUUGAAGCGAGGAGGGGUAAAACAGGUAAAUCCACCCCCAAAAAAGUUUUAAAAAAAUUUUUAAGUGUCGGCCAUAAAAUUUUUUUUCCAAAAAAAAAUGAAAAAAGUUAUUCCUCCCUAGCCUAAAAACCAUAGCCAAGUCCCUAAAGACAACUAUUUUCACAUAAAAUUUCAAAAUUUUUCAGAAACUCAAACUCAGCCUCCUUAACAAAUUGGGGAGCAGCUUCAACCGCAUCCGAGCCUGCCCCAACUGAUGACCUCACUUCCCUCUCAACUACGGUUACAAAUGCGACAGAAGACCCCAGAAUCUACCUUCACGAUGAAAAGGUCGAACCUCAUCGUAGCUCGAUCCUACAGAAAACAGCGUUGGAACAAAUCAACGAAUCCGAAGCCUGGAGCAAGGCGGAUAUGGCACUAAUGAAAGCAAAGACAUUUGCUGAUGAUGUAGCUCAACGCAUGGCGAAAUAUAUGAAUAACGAUACGAAUGAGACGGAUGUGAAGAAGUUGAAGCACGAUAAUGAUGUGAAUGAGAAGAUGGAAGAGUACUUCAACGAAGAUUUGCCUGAGCGACCAGACUUUUCAAAAUAUUUGAAUCGAAAACGGGAUUAUGGAUUGGAUACUGAUGAGAGGAAGGAUGUUACGAAGGUUGAUGAUGAAAGUAAACGGGCUAGAAGUGACGUUUUUGGUCAUGGUACUGGAACAAGUAAUGUUUUCGGGCAUGGUACUGAAAAUAGUGAUGUGUUCGGCCAUGGUACUAGAAAUAGUGAUGUCUAUGGACAUGAUGCUAACAAGGACGCCCUAGGACAUGGCACGGAAAGUAAUGUGUUUGGCCAUGGCACCAGGAAUAGUGACGUAUUUGGCCAUGGUACUGACAAUGCCAAACCUGACGUUGAAGCCAGCUAUACCUUUGGUCAUGGUACUCCAAAUAGCCAAACCUUCGGUCAUGGUACUCAGAAUAGCCAAACCUUCGGCCAUGGUACUCAGAACAACCAAGCCUUCGGCCAUGGUACUCCAAAUAGCCAAACCUUUGGCCAUGGUACACCAAACGCCCUCCCUCCAAAACAAGACCCAUCUGAAGUGGAGCUUGACACAGAAGAAGUACCAAAAGACCUCUUAAAAACCUCUGACAACUACGUUUUCGGCUUCGUACCAAGCGACAAUGAAGACGACGACUUCGACCCGGUAGCCGACCUUAUCAACGAGCUAGUCUACGAAACCAACGAGAUCAACAAAAGCAUGAGUGAAGCCGCUUCAAAACAAAACACUGUAUCUACCGACAACACUGACAAGACAAUUCGUGAUGACAAAGAUGAUGAUACUGAUAACGACUUGACCGAGCCAAUUCAACCUCCUUCUGGUCCAAUUUGGGACAUUAACUACGCGAUCGGAUUGAGUAACAAACCAAAAGAUGUAGCUGGUUAUGUUGUUAUUAACAAGGUUGAUGAGAUACUAAGCAAAGAUAAGGAUGGUAAACCAAUUGUGUUGAGGGGUGGUAGUUUAGAUGGCAGUCCAAAGCUUAAUGAGAGAAAAGAGUUGACUAGACAGAGUAGGGUGGUUAGUGAGAGUGAAAGCGGGUUUGAUGGGGAAGAAGGGGAACAUAAGUUGGCUACUAUUCAGGAAGGGUUAACACCCAGUCCUUCUACAGAUAAUGUGCUUGGUCAAGUUGAGGCUGCUCAAAAAUUAGAAGCUGAUACUCAAACUAGUACAGCUCUUUCUACUGGAGAUACCCAAAAUACACCUCCCAAGCCUUCUAAAGCAGAUAGCAUCAUAUCUACUGACCAAAGUAAACCGGAAGAAACAAUAACCCCUAAAUCACCCCACCCGGAACCCCUAAGCGACCAGCCUGAUCUUCAAAAGUCCGAUUCCAAAAAUAAACAGCUAGAAGAAACAAAUAAUCUCGUGGCCGGAGGGCCGAGGCAUGAGCUCGAAACAACAAAUGUUAACGCCGAGAUUGAUAACGCCCAAUUUAAAGACAACUCGAAUCAACAAAUUUCAAAUAUUUCGCUUGUUCCAUCUAAUAAGCCGGCUAACGUUUCGAAUUCUUCGACUGAAAAUUUGUCUAACGUGUCGAGUGCUACGGUAGAAGAUUCCUCUACAACGUCUACUGCUGAAGACGUUUCUGGAGUUUCUAGUAAUACGUUACAAGAUAUUCCCAACGUGCCUAUAUUAUCAUCACAAGAUACCACUAGCGUGCCUACAUUAUUAUCACAAGAUACUUCUAACGUACCUAAAUUGUCAUCAGAGGACACUAAUACCGUGCCUAAAUUACCAGAUUCAGGCAACAUUUCAAACACUACAGUACAAGAUUCACCUAUCACUUCAAUUCCUACCGUACAAGAUUCUACAAUGUCUACCACGGUAGGAUCAAUAUCGAUGGAAAUGGAGCCAAUGAGGGUCGUAACAAAGCCUUCUUUUGGCCAGUCCAACACUUCAAUUCAAGGGUUCAGAGCUCCCGGAUUCAAUGCUCCAACAGCUUCAGAAUCCUUUGAUCCUAAGUCUGCAGGACUCCACGAUGCUGUUGUUACGGUGGAGACGAAAUUCCCAGAUGUUGUCCCACCUCCAGAACCAUCAGUACCUGGUGAUACUCUGGCCUUUAUGGUAUCCAAUGGUGUUUUAGAGCAAGUAGUCAAGAGUGUUCAAGAAAAUGAGGUAAACAAUGGUUUUCCGCCUAAUAAUGCUUUUCAGCCUAACACUGUUCAACCUAGCAAAGAAGAUGCCGUUCAACCUGCCAGCCUACAGGAUAACUACACAGUAGUAAAGACAACUAGCUCACCAUCAUCAAGCUUUAACACAAACGAUAACCAACCAGUAACAUCUGAACAGAAGCCAAAAGAAGACGUUACGUCGAUUUCAACCCCAGUAGAAAUAAAAUCAAACAACACUCCAACAGAAUCUCCAGAAGCUACCAAAUCAGCCACAACUCAACCACAAACAGUCACAAUAACUCCAGAAAGCAAUGAUGAAGUUAUAGUCAACGUGCCAGUCAAUAUUGUAGACAAUGGUGACCUUUCCAACAAUGAUGACCUUUCCAAAGAGCCAAAAGACAACUAUGACACCGAGAGUUUGUUCAGUGUGGUCAGUGGAAACAGUAUGCCGGAGUUGGUCGGUGACAAAAUAGAAGAACCGACUGUUACACACAAGAUCGACACUGACCAGCUGUUAAGUUUUGGUGACAAAAAGUACGGUGAAACGGAAGUACCUCCAAACACACCUUAUGAUAGCCCGAGACGUACUAGCAAUGCUGGACAAAUUCCGAUUCAAGACGACAAAAAUGGUUCUUCUCAAAAUACUGCUUUCAACAAUGCUUCUGAUGUCAAUUCUGCUGAACCAUCAGCUCCAGAACCCCAAGCUUCACAAAAGCCAACUGAUCUAACAAUUGACAUCAACAAGCUACAGGACCUUCCAAAAUCAUUAGCUAAUGAUGAGCCAACUUCGCCAAUUCAAACAACUUUGUUCACGCCUGUUAAGAACGACUCGACAGACCAAGAAGUUGAAGAUGUAGUUGACAUGUCCUUUGAGCUUACUCAAGCAUCAGCUGAAGGAUCUAGAGUAAAUGAAAUCACUCUAAACGUCAUUAUAGAACGAAGACCAGCUGGUGAAUCGGCCGAAGCAUUGAGUCUUGAAGAAAGCGAGCUUCUGGCCGAUGAACUCACUAAAUCCGCGGCAGGUGAAACUCCCAAAGACAUCAAUAUUGAUGAGAAUAAGGGCAUCACUAUUGAUGAGAACAAGGCUAUCAACAAUGAAGUACCUACUUCUCUAUCUGAAGACAAAAAAGACGAAAUUGUCAAAGCUCCAGAAGAACAAGGUGCUGAUGCUAAUGUACCUGUUCAACGCUUUGAUGAUGUAGCAACUACUGUUGAAGCUGCAGCUACACCUUUGUCUGAUGUGAAGGAAGAAGAUGAAAAGCUUGAAGAAGCUUCAGUUACAAAACAAACUGUAGCACAGCCAGAAGAACCAUCCAAAAAUGUUGUGGCAGAAGAAGCCAAAGUUGCUGCCGAACAGCAAGACAUUGCUACAGAGAAAGCUGAAGCUACUUUGGAAAAAACCGACGUUGCUACAGAGAAGCCCCAAGAACCUCUUGAACAAAAAGAAAACGGAAUUGAAGUCCCUGUUCAAGCCUUUACGCCACUUGAUACCAAAGCAACACCAGAUCAGGGAAAAAAUAAAUCUUCCGAAUCAGCAGUACCAGAAGUUUCAAAAACAGAAACUAAUGAAGCUUCUGCACCAUCAACUACUAAAACCGAAGCCAAAGACACUAAUGUUGCCAAACAAGAUGUUGAAGUACCCAUUCAAUCAUUUACUCCAUUAGAAACGCGAGCUUCCGAACAACAGCCUAUUGAAAGUACUGAUAAACCUUCAGAUGCUCAACGUAAACCUGAAGAAUCAGAAGUAGCAAAUGAUGACAAAUUGGCCGAAAAGGAUGUUGAAGUACCCGUCCAAUCAUUCACUCCUCUUGAAACAAAAGCGAGUGACGACAAAGGGGCCGGGGAAGGUGUUGAAGUUCCGGUACAGUCAUUUUCACCAUUAGAAAUUCGUGCUUCUGAACAACAGCCUAUUAAAAGUGCUGAUAAGCCUUCAGGUGCUCAAGCAAAACCUGAAGAAGAUAAAACUUCUUCAACUGAAGCUUCACAUCCUAGCCAACAGCCAAACGAUGAAUUCAAGAAUGCCACUGAUGAUAAGCAAAAAGCUGAUUCAGAAAAACCUUCUCAAGGCACACCAAUUCUAGAGUCUCAAACAUCAGAAGACUCAGAACAUCGUAAGACGCAAAUUAAGCUUCACGAGCCUAUACAACGUACAGAUUCAUUGGGCCGUGUGAUUCCUCAACUUUACAUCAAUGAAGAGCCUAUUACAUCACCGCCAGCUGAUUACAAGCCUUUGGGAUAUUCUCGGCAAUUGGCCAAGAAAGAAGCCAAGAAUGAGAAGAAAAAAGAAGCCAAAGGAGAAAAGAAAGACGACAAGCAAGAAGAAGAAGCUAGAGAAGAAAAGAAAGUUGAAGAUGUUAAAGAAGAAAACACAACUGAUAAGGCCGGUGAUGUUAAAGAAGAAACUAAAGACGAAGCCAAACCAGUAGCUACAGAAGAAAAGCAGACCCAUGAAGGUGAAAAGCCAGUCGAUGUAGGUAAAGUUGACGAAGUUCAGAAGCCAAAAUCAGAAGAAGUUAAACCAGACACUAACAAAGCAGAUGAUAAAGAUGUGCCAUCAACAGACACUUCUACUAUUAAGUAUGAAACUGUCCCAUCUACAGAUUCAUCUGAUGUUAAGUACGAAACACAACCUCCAGAAUCCAAAAAGCCAUUGGAAACAACAAAAACAACUCCAGAUGAAUCUGAAAUCACCGAAGAAAGGACUCAAGUCAAGCAGAUUCCAGAAGCCCAAACGCCAGAAGGCAUCGAUCUACCCCCAGCUCAAAAUGAGAAGCCAACAGAAAUCACAGAACUCAAAGACACUGGUGCUGUUUCAAACGAAAAGCCAUUAACCCUGGGUGCACUUGGCAAGAAAAGCUUGUGGAAUGGUAAAGAAGGUGUCAACUCCUUUGAUAAUAAAGGCCCCGAAACCGUUGAUAAAGAAACUAUUGGCUCUAAACACAGUCAGGCAAGCUCUAAACAAGGUUAUCUUGAUUCUGAAAAUGUAAAACAAGAUGUAAAAGAGCUUUCAGGUAGCGACAAAACCGAAAAAGCACCAGAAUCUAACGUUAAAACUUUGGAAACUAAAGCUCAACCUUCAGAAAAUGCUUCACAGCCUGUAAACCUGUCUCAACUAGGGUCUUCUUCACUUGACAAGAGUAGUAAAGCGGAAGAAAAACCUACAGACAACAACAAAAACAUUCCAGAAGGUCCAGUUAGUUUAACUUCCUUGAGUAACACCUCUCUGCUUGACAAAAAGCCAACAACAGAACCAGGUGCUACUGAACAACCUAGUGUAGACACUUCUACCGAUAAUAUUGUUAAAGACAGCCCAACAACAGCUACAUCUGAAACUCCAAAAACGCCUGAAGGUCCAGUGAAACUUGGCGAUAUUAACAACAAAUCUCUCCUUGAGCAGAGCGCUACACAAAAGCCAUCAGAAGUUGAUGAAGCAUCCAAAAAUGUUGAAGAAAAGGCUGAUGACAGUAUCCCAGUCAAAGAUUCUUCUACAUUACCUCAAGCUUCAGAUAUUGCUCCACAAACAGCAGAUAAACACUCGGUAAUUGAAGAUAAGGAUGUAGAUCAACAACCAUUAAAUGAUGCUCAGAAACCAAACGAAGUUCCAGAAACGCAAAUUGUCAAAGUCGAAGACACUGCCAACCAUAAUGUCAAAGUUCUUGUUCCUUCAGAAACUGACUUCCCACCUCCAUCAGAUUCCAACGGAGUAAUUGAGAAUGAAAUCAAAUCAGAAAUUGCUUCAGCUGAACAAGAAGAAGCAGCCAGAGAAGCAGAAAAAGAAAAAGCCAAAGGUGAAUUUAAAAUUGAAGCAGAAGAUCAAAGACUACCUUCUUCUACUGCAGACGAUGAAGUUAAGCCAAUUUCAGAAAUCAAAGAAGCCGAAAAAGAAAGCAAGGCUGAAGAACAUAAUUUGUUAGGUCAACCACCAGCUAGCCCUUCAGAAGACGAUGCUCAUAAAGUAUUCACAAAAGCUCCGCUAACAGCUCAAGAAUCAGUGUCAGAAGACCUGGUUAAUAACGCUAUCAAUGAAAUAUUUGAAAAACCAGUAGAUGCACAAAAUGAAGGUAAAGUUGAGCUUGUUGGCACUGACACUUCUCUUGAUAAGCCAACCAGUGAUGCGGACUCUGGAGCUAAUGCUUUAAAUAACAAAGAACCUGAAGCCCCUUCGGAUACUACCAAACCUGCUGAGCAAGAUACUGAAGCCCCAGUUAUUGAUAAAACACCUGAAACACCAGUUGAAGCCAACAAACCUGAAGCACAAACUGAAAAUCAAGAACCACAGAAGGAGACAGAACCCAAAGAACUAAAAAGCGAUACAAACGUUGACAAACAAGCUGAAGAAGCUCCUGAAGAACCCAAGAAAGGUGUUCCACCUUCCAUCGGAUUCUAUGAACCAAAUCCAGAAGACGGUUGGAUAACAGAAGUUGAAAAAGAGAAAACUGAAGAAAAACCAUCUGAAAAAGCAAAAACAUCAACAGAAACUGCUCCAGAAGUUCCAAAAGACUCUUCUAAUACUUCAAGAAAGACAGAUACGGCUCCAGAAGCUUUAAAAACAGAUGCGGCUCCUGAGAAAACAGAUGUGGCUCCAGAACCAAAGAAAGACGUAGCGGAAGAAGAUGGCUGGAUCACUGAAACGGCUGAAAAUGAACCAAAAGUUAGCGACAAAACAGGUAAGAUAAUUUUAAAUAUUACUAUAACAUAUAAAAUCAAGUAACACGAAGUAAACUCAAAAGCAACAACUUUUUGUCCGUCAAAUACAAUUUUCACGAAGUGUAACAAAUUUAUCGUAAAUUUUCAGAGCAUUUUGUUGAUGAAUAGACGAAGUGUCACAAAUUCUAUAGAACUUUGAGCCAAUUUUGUUUCGCAACAAUUUUUUUUUCAGAAGAAACUGCACCAAAAGCCCCGGAACCUUCGAACGAUGGUUGGAUUACAGAACCAGCCGAAUCAGACAAGAAAUCAGAAGAAACGUUACAAAAACAGCCGUCUGAAGCCCAAAUUUCUCAACCUGAAUCUGCAGAAGGCAAAACUGGACAACCAGAAGUAGAAGCAGCUCAAUUAGAUGUUGUUAAACAAGAAUCAACACCUUCUGAAGCUACUCAGCAAGAAAACAACGUUCAAUCUGUUCCAGAAACAUCAAAGGUUGACCUGAUGAACGAUGUUGCUUAUAACGAAGGUUGGAUCACUGAACCAGCUGAAAAGGAGAAUAAGACCCAGGAGAUCAAGCCAAGUGAAGAUAUACUUAUUCCAGAUGGUGAUAAUAAAACUGAAAAACGAGGUGUAUCAUUUGAAGACGGAUCUCGGCCAGAAAAGACUGAACCUGGUAAUAAGGAGGUACGUUUUUAUUGUUUUUGCUCGGUUUUUAGGUAUCAAUGUGGAAAAUUAUUGAUAUUUUUGUUAUUUUGUACAAGAAGAGGAUGAAAAACUUUUUGUAAGAUUGUUUUAACGUUUCUUAGACGUUAAAAGGUUUUUUAAAGUGAUAAAAACGUGUUUUAUUUAUUCGAUUGCGACAGGUGGCAUGGAUAAAGUUGAAUUUUGAGAUCUCUACUCAUUUUUUGGCAAAAAUACUGCUGUUUUGAUUUUUUUUUGAUAUUGGUAUAGGUUAUAUGCUAUUUUUUUAAAAAUUUGCUUGUGAAAAUACUUAAAAACUUAAUUAAAAACAACAAGAUAUUGCUUUAGUCUUCAUUCCAAUUAAAUUUUUGUAUUUGUAGACAGUCUUGGUAUUCCACGAAGCCCGAGCGUUCUCUCCAGCUCCAGAAGAUCCAGCAGCCGCUUUUAAUGUAGCUGAGCCAGGAAAACCAGAAAAGAUGACAGAGUCUGAUAAAGAAAACGCAACAGAUUCGGAAAGCCAUCGUUUGCCAAUGGAUGGUAGUGAUGUUGAUUUGGAUGAGUAUGAACGAAGAUUGAUUGCUAACACUCGUGAAGCAUUGGCGUUAGUUGACCAACUAUGCAAGGAUACUCAAGAACAACAAGAAAGGAGAAGAGCUAGACAGAAGGAAUAUGUUGAUCAGGAGAAGAGAGCGCUGCUUGUUCAAGGGUAAGAUUUUAUAUUGUUUUGUUUGUUUUUAGGUAACAUUUUUGGAGUUUUUGGGUUUUAUUGGAGAAUUCAUGAAGUUGCUCGUCAAUUCAUGGAUCAGUUUGACUUUAUUUUACUUUAUAAUUAGUUUAUAUUAACAUUCCCUCUUUCCAGAAGCGAUCUUGAUGUAGAGACGUUCAAGCUCAAUCCCGAACUAUUGGAAGAGCCUCAAGCUGUACUGAUGAUUCCAGAUAACAAAUUGAUCAUUUUGGAUAACAAACUUGGACUAACUUUGUUAAAUUUGGAAACGAAAGAAGUGAAAAGAACGCCAAAGGCUGAAGAUUGGAGGGAUUUGGAACAUUUAUGUUAUAUGAAGUCACAAAACCAAAUACUUAUGGUUUAUGAACAGAAAAUUGAAGGUAAGGGUUUAUAUAUUGGUUUAUGCUUACAAAUGAUGUUAUUAUAUUGAUAUAACGCUUCAUUUUUGUGUAUAAUGGAAAGAACUAUCUAAAACAAUAUAGUUUUUUCGAGCAAAAGUUUUAAAUAAAAUGAAAUUUUUGAUUUAAAAAUAGGAAAACACACUACUUUGAAGAACAUGAUGUGUUACAUAAUUUUAGACGUCAAACUUGCUCAAAAUGCUUGAAAAUGUAAUUUAGAUGAGGCCGGUUACGUUAAAUCCUUGGCUCGAUUUGAUCUUGAUCUCAAUAUUAUCAGUAAAUGUGAAACCCCAAAGAUCUUGCGAGACAAACCCGUUCACAAUUGUCGUAUCUGCUACGUAGAACAGACGGAUUGUAUUUACUUGGCCGUGAAUUCACCAAACAAUUGUUAUAUCUACGAGUUGAAGGAGAGUCGAGGUACACAUAGGUGGACAGAGAUCUACAACAUGAGAGGAAAGCAAAUUGCGGACAUUAAUGUGUUUGCAGUUGUUGGUAUGUUAUAUUUUUUAUGUUGUUUGUGGUUUAGAGAGCUUUAUUGCGAUUAUCGUUGAAGUAUUGGGUUUAAAAGUAUGUAAUAUAUUAUUUUAGGUCAGUUUUAUAACUAGUAUAUUAUACCUUAAACCAUUUUUACAUUUUUUUCAAAAAAUCAAUGUUGUACUCGCUUUUCAGGUCCAAUAACCGAGCUCUUGGUGGUGGAAUCAACUCGUCGUCACAUGAUCCUUCUCUGUAUCUACGAGUCAAACCUGGCAGAACGCUCAAUGUUAGCGUUCUGUGCCGAGCCAGCUGCCAUGACCGUGGACGAAUGUCAGAAUGUAAUUGUCUUUGAUAGAGCCACGAAUCUGGUCGGUGUUUACUGUCGACUUCACUUCCAAAGAAUGCGAGAUUUGCUAGCCAUUGGCCGAGCCAACUGCCAAUUAUCUGCUCAAAAUGGAUUCUUGGCUUUACUCAACAAGUCUGUGAACGAAUUAAGGAUUUGCAAGUAUUAA